AUGCCUGCUGAGACCGGUUCACCGGGUGUCUGGUGUUGCACCUGUGAACGGGUUCCACAUGAAGCUCUCCAAGGGGCUACGUGUUGGAUCUAUAUCCCCACCCAAGUCUAUCAAAAGACCGGGAUUUAUAGGCCCGUGAAAUCCAAGAAGAUACAAAUAAUUAUUAUAUCAGUAGCGACUUGCUGUUCCCAAUGCGAGUUCACCACGAACUUCGAAAGUGCCCUCAUUAUGCACCGGCAGCUUCAUCACGAAGAUCCCACCCGAGAAGUAUUCAAUCCUUGCGAAGUGAAGACAAGUCACUCUCUCCCUGGAACUUCUACAACCACCUUCAUCCAUGCAAAGCCCAGUAAAGAAAUUAAACUGCCUGGUCGGACGUCGUCAGCGACGCGACUGUUCGAUAAGCUACGUGCGCGCAUUGGGCGCGGGCGCACGCUGUUCUCGCAUCCUGAAGAACCCGCCGAGGAUAAGGAUUCGUGCCCGUGUCACUACCGACUAGGCAAUAGAAGGCCGUUAAAUAUAGCACUUUGUUUUCAGGACAUGUGCAUGCUGAGCGAGUGCACAUCCAAGGGGUUCCAAGAAGAUCUGCCACUGAUGGCCACUCGAAGCGACUUCACAGGACACGAGCGACUGCAAAGGGAGACCUUCAGAUGUCACCUCUGCAACUUCGAGGCUGACAGGAUAACAGUCCUGGACCGGCACCUCCUGAACGACCACAAGAUCGGAAUCGACAACCUGCUCAAGCUGGUCAUGGCGAAGACGAAAGACGCUCUCUCUGAGGAUAAUAACACAGACCCGUUUAUAAGACAACCAUACUACAAACCUCAGGAGAUGGAAUAUCAGCUGCAAGAAGGCGAAUUCAUGGAGACGGUAGCGCCGAGGGUCAGAGUAAUGAAGCAUGCGGGGACUAAUACUGAGGAUACAGGGUUAACCGACAACUUCAAGCGGAUCACCAGCGAGCUGGAGAAGAUAGUGAACUGCCCCCCAGAGUCCCACGACCAGAGCGACCUGUUCCAGAAGAUGCAGACGCUGAACGAGUACAUGUGCAAGUUUGUGGACUCCUCCAACAUGUUGAAGAAAGUGCUAACGAAGGAGCUGGAUACAAAGAGUAGGGGUGAUAGGAAUGAGCAUAGAGCUGAACCAGUCUUUGAUUUGAGGUUGGGAGAGUAA